CCACUCACGUAACCGACCGGACCCCCAACCAUUUCUCCAACAAACUUCAAACUUCUUAUUCUCUUCUCUUUCCUUUUCUUUCUUUCAUUCAUUCAAAUUUCCACUCUUCUUCUUCUUCUUCAUCUUCUUCUCUGCAUUCUCAUUUUUUUACAUUAGAAAAGAAACAAACAAGAACAUGACUACAGAGCUUCUUCAAAUCGAUCCUUCCGAACUCAGAUUUGUCUUUGAAUUGAAGAAACAAAGUUCAUGUUUGAUUCAACUUGCAAACAAGAUUGAUCAGUACAUUGCUUUUAAGGUUAAAACUACGUCGCCGAAGAAGUACUGCGUUAGACCUAAUAUAGGCAUCAUCAAGCCAAAGGAUAAAUGUGAUUUCACUGUUACGAUGCAAGCUCAACGCACGGCACCCCCUGAUAUGCAUUGCAAAGACAAGUUUCUUAUUAUAAGCACUGUUGUCCCCUUUGGAACUACAGAAGAUGACAUUACAUCUGAUAUGUUUGCAAAAGAUACUGGAAAGUACGUCGAGGAGAAGAAACUGAAGGUAGUCCUCAUCAGCCCACCAUCUUCACCAGUUUUGCUACCAGUAAAUGGUGAUAUCAAACAGGAUCCGUCCAACCAAAUUAAUGUGCUAAAAGAUAGGGUGCCCAGUGGAAUUGAAAACAUACCUCCACCUCUAAGAGAUUCAGAGGAAGUUAAAGGUUUGGAACCAGCCUUGGAUACAAGAGAGGAUAAAACAGAUGAGGUUAUAGUCCCAAGGCAUGCUGAAAAUGUGGGUGAUAUGAGCCCAGAAAAAGAUGAUGUGCAGUUGAAUUUAGCCAAGAGUUGUGAGGAAUUGAAGUCAAGGCUUUCUAUGAUGGAUUCCAAGCUAAGAGAGGUUAGAGAUCCUGAAUUUAGAUCAAUCAUCAUGACAACUGAGGCUGCCGUGAUGAAGUUGAAUGAGGAGAGACGCGCAAACAUUAAAGAAAAAGAGUUGCUGAAGCAAGAGUUGGAGGUGUUAAAGAGGAAAAGUAAUGCAAAAGUUCAGGCUGGCUUUCCAUUACUGUUUGUCUGCAUGGUUGCUCUUGUCGGCGUGGCAGUCGGAUACUAUAUUCAUCCAUAAGGCAUAAAACUGCUUGAGCAUAAUAGCAAAUGUUUUGAAAUCAAUUGUUUCUCUAUACUUGUUUAUUAUGAUGGUUUGACUCAAUCGAUGUUAAUGUGACAUGUGAAUGUGUUUAAAAUGAACUAAGCCUAUUAAUAGAAGAUUAUAAGGAACCUUAUGCUAUUCUCAGCUAAAA